AUGUUGAAUGAUGACCAUGAUGUGCUAAUGAAGAUACCGGAGGAAUAUUUGACUCUUGCCACAAACGGAUUUGGGGAGCAGCUGAGGCGCAACGACGGGAGUCAAGCGGAACGUCGACCACCCAAUAGAGAUCCUGGGGAGGCAUCUGAUUCAGGCGGCACGUCGCACCGCAUGUUGUGCGAUUAUACAAAUACUAUCGAGUGUCGCAUCGCCAGC